AUGACCUCAGUGCAGCAUGAGACAUCACCCAGCAGGAGACCACCAGACCAUUCUCCUCCACCCCUGGCCACCCCACCAAGGAGGCAUCAGCCUGAUUCCCAAUUGGAAACACCCAAACUGCACCCCAGUGAUAUCAGCUGCUCUACCAGCAUGGCAGUGACUGGUACCCACAUGGGAGAUCCCCAGGACUUGGUGAACUUGGCCUGCCAGGACCUUCAGAGUCAGGAGGAGGAGAGUUUUUUGUAUUUUGUUUAUGGUAGCAUCCUGCUGAGGGAGCUGAUUCACCUCCACAACCCCUUGGCUGUGUUCAGUUGCAUCUCUUGCCUGCAGGUCCUCUGCUUGGGCACAAAAGAGAAUUGUUUGUCACUGGAGUAUCAAAAAAAGUUAAAUGAAAUAGAACCAAAUGACAACAAAGGAGAAGUCUCAGAAGAAAUUAAAGACAUUAUCAAAAAGAGAGAAAUAAAAACUCAUUAUUACAUAAUAGAAAAUAUCUACGGAUAUUUUCUCUAUACAUUAGUAUGUUUUUAA